UGCCUGGACACGGAGAAGGGACGAAGGGUAAAACGAAAUUCAUCAGCCGGGAGAGAGAGAGAGAGAGAGAGAGAGAGACAGGAGGAACAUAGUGUGCUCCAGCGGGACCUAACACAUACACACAUACACGUAAACGGGCCAGGUAAACAUCACUGAUGGUACUGCGCGUCCUGUUCGGGAUGCUGUGUCUGGGCGCGCAGGCCUUCCUGAGCCUGCACGGUGCGUCCGGCGGCACGGAAGAAUCCAGCCCGCUCACCACCCAGCACGUGGGCGAAAACUGCGAGCACCACACGACGACGACGAGCCAGUUCGAGGAGUACUUCGACAUCGACCGGAUCGGCAACAACCGCACCGAGUCGAACGUCGUCGACCUGACGCUGUUCGUGCAGGUGCGCAACAUGCAGGAGGAGCUGGCGAUCCUGCUCUCCGCCGCGAACCGGUCCCGCCAGCACCCGGACUACGGCCGCACGUACGAGGUGCGCGUCAGCAACGUGUACACCGUCAUCUACAAGGAGACGCUGCGCAUGUCCGCACACCACAGCCACAACUUUAACUUCUUCCCGGGCGAGCAGUUCCGGCUGCGCAUCCAGAUAACGCGCGCCGGCCACAUCACCGUCUCCAUACCGGGCCUGUCCAAGUCGCUCAUCCUGACCGUGCACGACGAGCGGCCCCCGAUCGAGGUGGAGUACAUUAGCUUCGGGUCGCGCAUGAACGCGUACCCGGUGACGUUCUACUUCAACUGUGUGGAUGCGGCGCAGGCCGCCGCCCGGAAGCAGGCCCUUGCCGAGCAGGAGAGCGCCCGGGAGCGGGCGGACGCGGACGAUCCGGUCGGCGGGUCGUCGCACCAGCUGGACGAAGGCGAGGAGGACCCCAGGGGCCAGCUGGCCCCCGAUCAGCACACCACGGACAGGGACGACGACUCGGCGGGUGGCAAUGGAGAGAUGGGAGAGCGUGAACAGAACGGGGACGUUGGGGAGUCACCGGCGGCCGCCAAGUGUCCGGUCUGUCCCAAGCCGGAAAAGUGCGAGGUGGUGGUGAAGGCGUGCUCGGACACGUCCAAAGAUCUGCUGAUGCAGGCGUCCGGGCCGGACGGCGAGAAGCAAAAGUACUUCUUCUACUUCAACGUUUACCUGAGCAGCAAGGGCGAGAAGGGAGGGAAGGAGCGACCGGUGGCCGACGCCACCAACCAGAUUGCCUAAGGGAAGGGGCCCAAGAGGCCUCCUUUGUACCGAUCCUGUCACAUAUCUUAGGGCACUUUGCGGACACGUGCGGGAUAUCCGCAAGGCUCCAGCGUCCCAAGCGCUCCAAGUUCGGCAUAUCAGCCCCAGCUCGGCCGCAAGUUUUUAAGCUAUUUAGCAACUAGUUUCCUUGUUUCUUCCCCACCCCCUACAUCCCCCUCCAACCAAGUUGUGGGAUGUUGGGAAGUGCGGGCAAAUGAGGACAUUAUAGCUCCAAUAAACCUAUCCAGCAUUU